AUGUAUGUUGCAAGAUGCUCCAGAAUUCUUUCAGAGUCUAACUGUUUAACACACAAUUUAGAAACUUUGGUUUGCUCCUGGACUUCUAACCCUACAGAGAAUGGAAUUGAAUAUAAAGUUUGCUUUGAGUCAUCAAAAAUUAAUUGUUUUAAUACUAAUGAAAGAAGAUUUGAAGCAGAGUUUGAGCUUUAUUCAACAUGUGAAAUAACGAUAACUGCCACGAAUGUCAAGGGGACGCCAGAAAAAAGAUUUCAAAAAAAUGUGCAAGACAUCCCUUUUAUUCCGUAUACUCCACAAAUAGUCUCGCUAAUUUCCAAUGAGGAAUCGGAUACAUUGUAUGUUGAAUGGGAUGUGAAUACUUCAAGUUUUUUCAACGGUACACUGGUGCACUGGGAGGUACAGAUUCUUCGCAGCGAAAACUUUGAUAUUGUCACAACUGAGUUGCUACAAACACAUUGGAGUUUAUCUGACAACCUUUUUCGCUGGAAUUGGACAUCGGAUAUUCCCUUGACUUGUACAUCGCACUCUGUGCGGGUGCGAUGUUUUGUGCAGGAAUAUUAUGAUAACAUUCACUGGAGUGAGUGGAGCCUUAGUCAGACAGUUUAUGGGAGUCAAAACAGCGGCGUGUUCCCAGGAAAUAAAGUUAUGACAGUCGGCUCAAAUGUAACUUUUUGCUGUGUAUCCAAAGAGGAAAAUAUAACAUUAUUUAUGUUUGAAAGCUUAGAACCAGAAACUAUCCAGCUCAGCAAGAACAGCAGUGCUUUCCGUGUUUAUAACUUGACCAAGUCACGAGAAAGUGGAUCCAAUGCCUUUUGUUUAGCCAAUAACAAUGCCUUGGGAACAGUGGUCUUUGUGGGAUAUCCUCCAGAUAGACCACAGAACUUUAGUUGUGAAACACGUGACCUCAGUGAAAUCAUAUGUAGUUGGAACCCUGGAAGGUCAACUGGCUUGUAUGCAGAUCGAGAAACAAUCUACACCUUACAUGAAAGUUACUCUGGAAUGAAUAUUUCAUGUCCGGCAUGUGCUGAGGACAUUGAUCCAAUGGAGUGCAAUGUUGAUAUUGCGACAUAUGAUUGUAAAUUUGACAUGCCCAAAGGUCAGACCUUAUUCCAUUUUUCACUGAAUGCUUCCAAUCCAUUGGGAAAAUCAGACACCUCUCUUGCAUUCAAUGCAACUGAAAGAAUAUAUCCGAAGUCUCCGGAGAAUAUAAACGUACAGGAUGUCACUCCGAGAGAAGUUUCAAUCUCCUUCUAUUUGUCGGGGAAAUUUGCCUCAAUAAAACUUUCCUGUGAAGUUGAAAUCGGAAAAGCAGCAGAAGAAAUAGAAAUGCAAAGAUUUAACUUAUCUGGUCUGGACUAUGGAAAUUACAACGCAAGUAUUGUCCGGCUACAUCCAUUUAAGGGGUAUGAGUUUCGUGUGCGCUGUGUUGCUUUAGACCAUUUUUGGAAGUGGAGUGAAUGGACUGCUUGGAAAAAGCACACAACAUUAGCCGCAGUCCCUUCAAGAAAGCCAGAUGUCUGGAGAAAAAUCUCAGAAAGUCCAAAAGAACGAACAAUAACUGUGUACUGGAAGCUUUUAACAAAAAAUGAAGCAAACGGAGUUGUGUACUCAUAUAUAGUGUCCUGGAAACCACUUAAAAGUAACGAGGAUCCAAAGUAUGCCAUUGUGCCUGUAACGCUGAACAGAACACAGAUACGUCUUGACAACACUGAUAAAAUGGAUUAUGAAAUUACCGUGGCCGCCAACAGUACAGGUGGAUUAUCUCCCUCAUCGCGGAUAACUUCUGCAGAGCUACCAAGUGAUGCUGACACAGUAAAAGCAGUUGGAACGCCAGAGGGUAUUAACAUUACAUGGCAAUUUGAUGCCAGCGUUUCGUGUGGGUAUGUGAUAGAGUGGAGGCCGUCCUCUCAGAAACUCUCCUCUAGAGUUAUGUGGAAACACGUCCCAUCUUCAAGUACAAGCAUUUUCAUCAAAUCAGAACAUUUGGAUGCUGGUUUAAAGUAUAAUAUUUCCAUAUAUGGUUGUAAAGAAAAUAAAUAUCAGUUGUUGAAGAAUGUGAUUGGAUACACUCUAGAGUUAGCUCCAAAAGUAGCUCCUAACUUUACUGUAGAACAGACCACUUCUAACUCCGUACAAGUUCGAUGGGAAGACAUUCCAGACGAUGACCUCCAAGGCUUCCUAGAAGGAUAUCUGGUUUAUGUUGUGAAACAAGAAAGUAAUUCAUCAGGUGUCAGAUUUAAGGAUUUAGUCGGCCACACUGAGACGAAGGUUAAAAAUAUCACUGACUUAUCCAAAAGGCUAUUAAAGAUCCAAGACCUUCAACCAGGAACAAGCUAUCAGUUGGGCUUGCAGGCUUAUACUGGAGGAGGAAAGGGCCCUAUUAAGUCCUUAAAUGUGGUGACAAAUGACAACCCUAUUGGCUUAAUCCUUGCGAUCCUGAUACCUAUCUCAGUUGCUGUUGUUCUUGGAAUAGUUAUAAGCACCAUAUGUUAUAAAAAGAGAGAAUGGAUCAAGGAAACCUUUUACCCUGAUAUUCCAAAUCCAGAAAACAGUAAAGCGUUGCAAUUUCAGAAAAGCAUCAGUGAGGGAAAUAACACUAUAAAGACAUUGGAGAUGAAUCCAUGUACACCAAAUAGCGUAGAAGUGGUGGAAACCCUGUCAACUGUUCCAAAGAUUAUAGAUACCGAAUUACAGUCACCAAUAACAGAGGAUCAACUUGCAGAAGAGGACUUGGACUCAGAAAAUGAUGGUCACAUAGUUGUAUCCUAUUGUCCAUCUGCUGUGAAUGAGGACAGGUCUAACUCUGCAUUAGAGGGGUCUGUGGUCUCUUCUCAAGUAGACUACAUUGAUAUCCAGUCUAUGUAUCAACCACAGGCUAAUUCAGAAGAAGAGCCUGAUAAUGACUCUUUGGAUAUGGCUGGAUAUAAACCACAAAUGCAACUGCCUAUCAGUACUAUGAAUAUAGACACUUGUAUUCCUACAGAAGUCUUUGAAGCCUCUGCAGGUUACAGACCUCAGGAAAAUCCAAAUGCUUGGGCUGAGGAAUCCCCUGGUUCCUCUCCGUCCGUGGAAAGUGAAAUUGCUUCUUUUGGAAGCCCAUGUUCAAUUACCUCCAGACAUUUUCUUAUUCCUCCUGCGGAUGAAAAAGACUCCUCUCUAAAACCUACUCAUAUAGGAUGGACAUUAACUUCCAUCUUUCAGAACAAGCAAGAUGACUAAUAAAACUAACUUUUCUCCUCUUUAAGCAUGUUUUUGAAGUCAUACAGAAAUUAAGGAGUUGCAUCUGAGCAUACUUCUAUGUACUCCUAAGUGUUGAUAUUUCUGAUAUUUCCUCCAGGUCAUCUUCAUAAUACAAAAAAAACAGUCUGUACCUGCGAAGGUUGGAAUUACUGGCGCUAAAUCAUUUCACACAAUGGUCUUCCCUUGUGGAAUUUUGUCUACUAUAAAGAUUAUUCAAUGUAAACUUUUACAGCAUAAUUUUAACCUCUUGCUGAAAACCUAGAGUGUGUUAAAAAAAAAAAAAAUCUUGCCAUUUUAAUAGGCUAGAUUCUUGUGAUAUGAACAGAUUUAUUGCUAGAUAACAUGUGUACCUAGCUGUGAUAAGAUGUUCUGGCAGGAAAUAUAGAAACUGGUAUUUUCCAAAAAUUCAAUAGUUAUCUAGAAAUCUGACUUAUGUGAAGCAGUUUAUCCAUUUAUUUUUUUUAUUUUUUUUAACAUUUUAAAGUCAGAUUUUUUUUUUCUGUGAAAAUAUAAUCUUUUCCUGUUUUUCAUCAGGGCAUUUAUGAAUGUUUUUUUUUUCUUUUUGAGAAACACUACUCCUUUUUUUUAACAAUGCAAUAGUUAAGUAUAUUUAAGAAGGAAAUAUUUCUUCUGUAGAGACGAAGUAAACCACAGUUUGAUAAAACAGUUUUGUAGCUCUAUCCUUGAAUGUUUAGAUUUUGGUUUUGGGAAAGUCCAGGGUGCCUCUUUUUUUUAAUAGGUUUAUUAUCAAGAUUUUGGUCACCCCUUUACAUAACUUAAGGGAGUGUAAUAGCUCCAAAUUGAAAUGUUUGAGUGCAUUUCAAUUUCCAAUAGAAACGUUUUUGCACUACUUGUAUUAGUAAAUAUCCUUCUAGCAAAAGUUAUUACUGCUUCAGAAGCAAUGUACGUGUGCUGCGCAUGCCCAGUGCACCUGCAUUCAAAAAUCCUGCCUGUUCAGACUGCAGUGGUGUGUUUUUGUUUCUCCUAGCAACCAGCAGUUGGCUCUCUGAGCAGGCGCACUGGGCUUGCACAACACAUGGUCAUAUGCUCCCCAAACAGUAAUAGUUUUUUACCAGAAGCAUUUUUGCUAAUGCACUCAAGCACAUUUCAAUUUUGAUUAUUAUGUCCCUUUAAUAAAUGUGAUGAUAGUCUAAUUGUAGAACUUAGUAUAUUUUUCACAAAUGUUUCAUUUUUUGGCAGCUGCAAUAUAUUCUGUUUUAAUGAUCAUUUAAUUCUACUCUUUGAAACACAUUUACUAAUAUAUUUUACUGAAGGUUGUCAGUACAGAACUGCUGAUAAGAUGCUUGGGCAUAUUAUGAUCACUUAUAUAAUAGUUUUACUAUUUUAUUUUUUAUUUUUUUUAGAAUGUCAUUGCUGUUGAAGUUGUUUGUAGAUGCAUACAGUGUAUAGACAUUAAAUACAGGACAGCUAGUGUUUUGCUGUAUUUUUGUUGCACGUUUCUGUAGUGAUGUGCAAAUGCCUGAGUGUGACUGAAUCAAGUUGUGAAAAUGAGCAAUAUUAAUGAGCUGUAAAAUAUCUGAUGCACUAUAAUUUGCACUUGAUCUAUAGCAUUGUUAUGUGAACUUAAGGCAAAUGUUAACUAAGGGUAUAUAAGAUUUCAUUUUGUGCAAUGCAUGUUUCUAUGCAAGUGAAUGUCCUUCAUUAAAGAAGAGGAAAAGUA